AUGCGUCUCUUGACGGUUUGUACGCUAAUUGCGGCUUCCUUCCUGACUACCAGCGACGCGCUUUCAACGACCGUCGUCAACACUGUCAACAGGGCUUCUACUGAUGGUCCAAGCGGUCGACUGCUGAGGACCCACCACGCGGCCAUUGAAGAUGACAAUGAUCUCGAAGAAAGGUCCUUUUCUUCCGACCAAGUGAAGCAACUCAUGAAAGCAGCUAAAGACAGACAUUUUAGCUACACAAAGGCGUUACACACCCCAGGGUACGUGAACUCGCUGACGCCGGAGCAAUUCAGGCACUUUAAUCAUCUUCGGAACAAGUUUAUCGAACUAAACAAAAAGGCAAAGAGAGCGUAA